UCUGUUUACUUCACCAUCUGUUGUUCUCAAAGAGUAUGGCCGGCGAAGUUCUAACGCAAAUAACAAUCGAGGAUGUGUGUCGAUUUUGUCUCUCUAAGGAGCAAUGUGUUCCCCUGUUCGUCGAAUCAUUCAUCAACGAUUUCUUAAUGGAAGCAAUCGAUUUAUUGCUGCUGAAGGUAGACGAAAACGAUGGCCUUCCAAACGCAGUCUGCGAACAUUGCUGUCGGAUAAUGGUUGAGUAUGCAAAGUUUGAAGCUAAAGCAGUCGAAUCCUAUCGCAUCUUGGCCGAAGCCCUAUCGGAUGUUGGGUACAUCGGAACAUCGCCGUGUGAUGAGAUGAAGACGGAAGCGAAAGUCACAGAAGAGUACGUUGCCUUGAGAUGUGAAGAUGACGUGCAAGAUUCUACCGGAAGUGACUGCCGGGUUGAGAAGAAGCUGGAAGUUGAAACUACUCAGCAAGAGAAGGAGCAAGAAGAUGCAACAACCGUACAGAAAAACGGACUAGAAACUAACCAUCAGGAACCUACGCAUAUAAGCAACGGAAAUAGUAAAGGUGGACGGUCGAAAAAGAAGUGUCCAGUUUGUGGGAAACUUGUGUCCCAGCUCAGCAAACACAUGCCGGUACACUCGGACACGAAAAAGUACACCUGCGAGUAUUGUGACAAGCAGUUCACCUACGACACGAGUCUGCGAAAGCACCUGAACAUCCACCGUGGCAUCCGAAAGUACUUCUGUCAGUACUGCUACCAGCGUUUCUGCGAUCGGUCCUCGCUGCGCUACCACGAGGCAAAACACCUCGGUGAGCGGAAGUACUGUUGCGAGGAAUGUCCCAGCACGUUCUAUACAGCAUCCCAGCAGAAGCAGCACAUCCGUUUGGCCCACCGGGAACGGGAGUUUCAGUGCAAGCAGUGCGGUAAAAUGUUCCCCAUGAAGCAUCAUCUGGACGAUCACUUGCUUAAGCAUACGGAAGAACGACCGUACGGCUGCACGAUUUGUGGGAAGAAAUUCAAGAGGCGCAGGCACUUUCUGGACCAUUCCGUAUCUCACGAAUGAUUUGGCUGACCAGCAAAUGUCUAAAAUUUGUGAUUCUUGCUUGGAAUGUCCAAACGCACUCCCCAAACUCUUGCUUGGAAUGCACAAGCAAAUGUUUGAACCUAACGUAUGAAUUUGGCAUAUUAUAGAUCAGGGGUCGGCAAAGUCCGGCCCACGGGUCAAAUCCGGCCAGCCAACUGAUUUCAUGUGGCCCGUAAGAAAAUUUAAGUGCUUUAUACCAAAAACACAUCUCAACUUUUUCACGAUGUCAGGUUUGUUUUCUUCUCAAAAUUAAAGAUUAAAAUUGUUGUUCGUGGUAUAUGUUGAAAAACAAUAUCAAAAUUCAAUGAACAAAAGUGUGAAAAUGUUUAAAAAGUUUUAGCGCUUUUUAGGAAAUGUAUGCCGACCCCUGUUAUAGAUUGUUAAGAUUCUUUUCAGACUGAUAAUUUAGCUUUAAGCAAGAACCGUUUGGGCGCGAGAGGUCAAUCUGCCUUGAUCAAAUUAGUCGGAUCUCAUCGAGCUGAUCAUUUUCAUACAUCACGUCAAAAUAACCGAACUUCAUGACGUGAUAUGUAUGAAUAUUGACUAGUCGGUGCGCAGGCUGAAUAACUUAUGUUCCUGGGCGUCAAUCAAUCAACACCAGCAGUAGCGAAAUACAGACUAUUUAUUGUGUCUUAGCAAAUAUCUUUUGAACUGUUAAACAAAAAUAAUGCAUUAUAU